CACGUGACGGAAGAGGGCUAUCACGUGAUCUCACACUGGCUGGAGUCCUGAUCAGGAGGUAGCUGUGGACCCUCUGCUGAAGCAAAAUGUCCCUUGACAAUGUUGCCAUCAAUGCAGACUAUUCGUGGGAUGCCGGAGAACGCGCUCGCCUGCUGCAGAGCCCCAGCGUGGUGACUGUCCAAGAGCCAAGGCGCCUUGCCAGUGGAACAACUCCUGCGGGCGCAGUCUUUAUAGUGGUGAAUGCUGCGCUUGGUGCUGGGCUGUUAAACUUUCCUGCUGCAUUCAGUGCAGCAGGAGGCAUCACUGCUGGAAUAUCCCUGCAACUGGUGCUGUUGCUGUUCAUUAUCAGUGGACUGGUGAUCCUGGCCUACUGUGCUGAUGCGUGCAGUGAGCGUACCUACCAGGAGGUGGUGCGAGGGGUGUGCGGACGCCAUGCAGGGGUGCUCUGCGAGAUUCUCAUAGCUGUCUACACAUUCGGCACCUGCAUUGCUUUCUUCAUCAUUAUAGGGGACCAGCUAGACAAGCUUCUUAGUGCAAUGAUGCACAAUCCAGUAGGGGGCAGUAUUCCAUGGUAUGCUGACCGUAAGUUCACCAUCACAGUGACAGGCCUUCUGUUUAUCCUGCCACUCUCCCUCCCAAGAGAGAUCAGUGUCCAGAAAUAUGCCAGUUUUCUCAGUGUUCUUGGCACAUGUUACGUGACCGUCAUUGUGAUAGUCCGAUGUAUCUGGCCAAGCAGUGUGAUUCCAACGCGUGAUAUCCCAUCCAGCCCAUCCACUUGGCUUGCCGUGUUCAAUGCUGUCCCAACAAUCUGUUUUGGGUUUCAGUGCCAUGUGAGCAGUGUACCUGUGUACGGCAGUAUGCAGCAGCAGGACAUCAAGAGAUGGGGAUAUAUAGUGACCGUUGCCAUGUUCAUUGCAUUAUGUGUUUACACUGGGACAGGAAUCUGUGGAUUCCUGUUGUUUGGGUCAGAUGUAGAUCAGGAUGUCCUCCUAUCUUUCCCGUCUGAUGAUGUUGCAGUUGCAGUAGCACGGGCAUUCAUCAUCCUGUGUGUCCUGACCUCAUACCCCAUACUCCAUUACUGCGGCCGAGCCGUUCUGGAGGGUCUAUGGCUUCGUGUCACUGCACAGGAGCCUGGUGAAGAUCCUGGCAGAGAAAGAUGCCGUAGGAUUUUGCAGACAGUGACCUGGUUUUUGCUCACUUUGUUGCUAGCUCUCUUCAUCCCAGACAUUGGAAGGGUCAUCUCUCUGAUUGGGGGACUCGCUGCGUGCUUUAUAUUUAUAUUUCCCGGUCUGUGCCUCAUACACUUGAAGCGUUCAGAAAUCCAGGAACAGAGGAGCAGGAGAUGGUGGGCAUUGGUCAGUUACGGUGUUACCAUGGUUACCAUAGGAGCCUUCAUCUUUGGACAGACCACCACUAAGGCCAUCUUUGUGGACUUCAUGGGAUGACCAUUGAGAUGCAGACUGUUGGAGAAACCAAACUGCCAUUGAAUACUUGAAUAUUACUGUUUAUUUAACACAUUCCUCCCCAUGUCCUCUACAGACGCUUUGUCAAUCGUUGAAUCAAAACUAAAAGGGAAAAGAACAGCUCUAGCAAAGCGCUAAAAACAAUCAUUAAUUGUGUGGACAAAAUGUUUCUAAUCUAAGCUGUGUACUGAUGACAGUUGUUAUUUCUUCUCUAUCAACCUCUGUGUUAUUUCCUUUAGUAAAUGGCCAAUGUUCGAGCACAUCAGAAAUAUAGAAAUACCUCAGUUUGCUAGAGAAGCCUAUGUGAUGUCUGGUUUACCCUGGGGUGUUUGAAGUUUUACAAAUUUUCAGAGACUCAGCUGAGUGUAAAAGAGGACUUGACAAGAAAAAACACCCUAACAGUAUAGUAUAAUCUAGCACACUACCAUUGGACACUGUGGCAAGAGAAAAACGUGUUAAUAUAUUUACUCUGUUGAACACUGUCCAGAUUUAUUUACAUUUAUUUAAAAGAUACCUGCUCUCAAACUAAUGUUGCCAGACCUAUAUUACAAUAAUUACAUACUUAAAGGAACGCUAUAGGGUCAGGAACACAAACAUGUAUUCCUGACGCUAUAUAGUGUUAAAACCACCAUCUA